AUGCAACAACAUGGUCAUCUCUUGGAUAACAAAACCCUAUCCCCCCAUAUAUCGCAGAGUACAAUCUGCAUUGAUUCAACAUCAGAGUUCUGGGCUGAUCUCCGUGAUCGUUUCACUCAAGGAAAUCAUUUUCGAUUCUCCGAUCUCCUCCGUGAUCUCCAUUCAAUCAAGCAAGGUGAACAUUCUUUGUCUAGCUAUUUCACCUAUUUGAAGAUUCUUUGGGAUGAAUUGGAGGAUCUUCGCCCAACACCACCAUGCGCAUGCCCUAUUCCUUGUUCUUGCAAGCUCAGCACAACAGUUCGUGAUUUCAAGCAUCAAGAAUAUGUCUCUUGUUUUUUAAAAGGUUUGAAUGAAAAUUAUAAUAACGUUCGCACACAAAUUUUAUUCAUGGAUCCUUUACCUUUAUUUAGAAAAGUGUAUUCUCUUGUUGUUCAACAAGACCUUAUUCCCAAUUCAACCCACACUCCACUUGAUACUUUUGUUGCUUUUAAUAUCAAUACUCCCAACAAUUCCAAUCAAGGUCGUGGGCAAUCCUAUCAUGGUCGUGGCCGCGGUCAGCUUCGUCUCUCCAUGUUUUGUACUCAUUGCCAUAAAAAUAAUCACACCGUAGACACAUGUUAUUUCAAACAUGGUUUUCCACCGGGUUAUUGUAAAAACCAAUUUGCAAAUUUGUCUUCAACAAAUGAUUCCAAGAAUUCUUUUCUCUCCCAGCCUCCACAGCUGUCUGAUUCCAACAAUCGUCUUAACAAAGAAGAUUAUCAGAUUUUGAUUAAUCUAUUACAUCAUUCUAAAUCUGAUGCUGCAACUUCUUUCGGAACCAAGAAUUUUGUUCCAAAUCAAUCCAAUCACAUAGUAUCAAGACAUGUUUACUUUACUUCUAAUCUUUACUUGCAAAAUGUGUUGUUUAUUCAUCAGUUCAAUUUCAAUUUAAUAUCUAUUUCAAAACUCACGAAUGAUUUGAACAAUUCAGGAUUUGCAUACCCGGAAGACGAUUGGGCAUGUGGAGCAUCGUAA